CGAUAACGCACUAUUCCCAUUGCUCACGCUAUGCGAUCACGAUGCCAGCGCCAUCUGGUCAACGCGCUGGAACGGACGCAGCAGACCUCUCUCCUCCGCCGCAUUCCCCUGACGCGACCGUGCGCACAUCGAAGUUAUGCUGCCGCGUCUGCGACAUCAUCACACCCGCGAUCAUUGGCCGUCCCAUCCAGCGCCAGAUACAAUGAGAUUGGCGUGCAGCAAGUCAGCGCCCAUGUCCAUCCUCAGCUAUUCCCGCAGACGACUGCUGCAAAGCCAGACGAUGCGUUGGUGGCGCUGUCCAAAGAUCACCUUGCCCGACAUGACCUGCUGGGCAAGACGAGCGACAACUCUGAGCCCAUUGGCUUCGACCUGCCCGAUCUCCAGGGAGCCUCGCUGGACGAGCACUUCUACAAACUGGGAAUGGACAGCGCCGAACCAUAUCUCAGCUUGGCCACCAAGUAUGCAAGAGCAUCGCCUCCGCCGAGACCGCGAAGAUGGGAGCAGCGAGCAGGCUGGACCAAGUACCAUGAAGACGGCACCUCCGAGGCUGUGGAAUACCCAGAUGAGGAAGUCCUCACCUUCGACACCGAGGUGAUGUGGCAUGAGACAAGCUUCCCGGCUAUGGCUUGCGCGGUCUCCGAAAGGCAUUGGUAUGCCUGGUUAUCGCCUUGGCUGCUCGGAGAAAGCACGAAUGAUCGUCAUCUGAUACCACUGGGACCGCGAAAGAAGGCGAGAAUUGUGGUUGGGCAUAACAUAGGUUAUGAUCGGGCACGCAUCGCCGAAGAGUACCAUCUGGAGCAAUCACAGACGUUCUUCAUAGACACCAUGAGCUUACACGUGGCUACGAAUGGAAUGUGCAGUCGGCAGAGACCUACUUGGAACAAGCAUAAGAAGGCUCGAGAUCUGCAGGACAAGAUUGCUGCCUCUGAUGAUAGCGCAGAUUUAGCGGCGCUGCUCGAGUCUGGCAAGGCCACAUUCGACAGCGAGGAGGAGCUCUGGGUUGGCCGUGCAUCAGUCAACAGUUUGCGGGACGUGGCCAAAUUUCACUGCAACAUCACCAUCGACAAAGCUCGCAGGGAAUGGUUUGGAGAGCUCGACCGUGAAGGCAUUGUAGAACGUCUUGACGAGCUUCUAGAUUAUUGUGCGGCCGACGUUGACAUAACGCAUAAAGUGUACAAGAAGGUACUGCCUCUCUUCUUGGAGACAUCGCCACACCCGGUCUCGUUUGCAGCGUUGCGGCAUCUAUCUACGGAGAUUCUUCCUGUCAAUAGGAGUUGGCAGUCGUACAUUGCUAAUGCGGAAGCCACAUAUCAUCGUCUUUCCUCCGGCGUCCAGGAGCGGCUAAUCGAUUUGACUGAACGCGCAGUAGAACAUCGUGGAGAACCGAAAGUUAUUCGGCAUGAUCCUUGGUUGUCGCAGCUGGAUUGGGGCGGUCAGGAAGUGCGAAUGGUGAAGGGCAAGAAGAAGGGUGAUCCUCCCCGACCAGCAGCGCGCCAAAAGAAGCCGGGAAUGCCCAAUUGGUACAAGGAUUUAUUCAGUACAAACGAUGCUGAUAUUGCGCUCACUGUACGUACCAGAAUCGCGCCUUUGCUCCUUCGCAUGGCUUGGGAUGGUCAUCCUUUGAUAUGGUCCGACAAGUACGGAUUCACGUUCAAAGUCCCGCACUCCGAGGCUCAGAAGUAUCGUGAACAAGGAAUGACGACGUGCGAUAUGAUGGAGGAGGCGAAUCUGAUGCUUCAUGAUGACUUAGAUCACACUUACUUCAAGCUGCCACACAAAGACGGGCCCGACGCCCGUUGUACAUCACCUCUCGCCAAAGGGUACCUGCAAUAUUUUGAGAAUGGUACACUCUCAUCUGAGUAUGCAUACGCGAAGGAAGCGUUGGAAAUGAACGCGUCCUGCUCAUACUGGAUCAGUGCUCGUGAUCGGAUCAUGUCGCAAAUGGUCGUGUACGACAGCGAGCGCGCUGACGCUCCAGCGCAAGACACGGACCUUGGCUACAUCCUGCCCCAGGUCAUUCCUAUGGGUACCAUUACCCGGAGAGCAGUGGAGAAUACCUGGCUCACAGCAGCCAAUGCCAAGAAGAAUCGUGUUGGAUCCGAGCUGAAGAGUAUUGUGACCGCACCUCCUGGUUAUGCUUUCGUUGGGGCAGAUGUCGACAGCCAAGAGCUAUGGAUCGCGUCACUUGUCGGCGAUUCGAGUUUUAAGAUCCACGGAGGCAAUGCGAUUGGCUUCAUGACACUGGAGGGCACGAAAGCAGCAGGAACUGAUCUACACUCUCGCACGGCAAAAAUCUUGGGCAUUUCACGGAAUGAUGCCAAAGUUUUCAAUUACGGCCGCAUCUAUGGGGCAGGCUUGAAGUUCGCUCAAAGUUUGCUGCGUCAAUUCAAUCCUUCCGUGACUGAGGAACAAGCGAAAAUGACUGCCACGAACCUGUAUCACGAGACAAAGGGCUCAAAGUCUGGCAGCAAGGCGAUCCGUGAACGCAAGUUCUGGCGUGGCGGCACCGAGAGCUUGGUCUUCAACAAGCUCGAAGACUUUGCAGAACAGGAACGACCGCGAACACCUGUCUUAGGAGCUGGCAUUACCGAGGCGCUGAUGCGACGAUUCAUCAGCAAAGGCGGUUUCAUGACCAGCCGUAUCAACUGGGCCAUUCAGUCAUCAGGGGUCGAUUACCUCCAUCUACUUAUCGUCAGCAUGGAGUACUUGUGCAAGCGGUACAACAUUGACGCACGAUUGGCGUUGACUGUGCAUGACGAGAUUCGCUACCUUUCGAAAGCCGAAGACAAGUAUCGAACUGCGAUGGCUCUCCAGGUCGCCAAUGUCUGGACGCGGGCCAUGUUCAGCCAGCAAAUGGGCAUCGAUGAUUUACCACAAUCCUGUGCCUACUUCAGCGCCGUGGACAUCGACCACGUACUCCGUAAGGAGGUGGAUAUGGAUUGCAUCACGCCGUCUCAUCCCAAUAAGAUCGCUCCGGGUGAGUCACUCGACAUCGUGCAGUUGCUUGCCAAGGGAACUCAGGCUUUCCUCGAUCCAGACGUGGUACCCACCAGAACACCUCAGCCAGGACAAUUCCAGUACACCCCACGUCGCCCUGUCAUGGAGGGUCUGCAACCUCCGAAUGCCCAAGCUUAUCUGCAAGCUCAAAUCGCAUCUUCCCCCGCCGAGCUUAAUAAAAUCAUCCGCGAUUUGAGUAAACCAGCCGUGGUGACCUCCAAGUCUCGUCGAAAGGACAAUGUUGACGGCAACUUCACCCUCACCGGUACUACUCCUCUACCGGCCAAGGGCAAAGCGGCGCCGAAGCCUCGAGUGCGAAAACCACGUCUACCCGCAACCAAAGCUCACUCCUCAUCAUUAAUUGCUACGGCGAGGAACUACUCCAGCCUACUGCCACCGGAGUCGCGCUGGCACAUGUCUUCCAGUGACUGGGCAAAUAUUGGCACCCCCAUGGAUCUAUCUUCAUCCUCAUCUUCUUCUUCAUCUUCGCCAGGUUCGCGAUCGAGUCUCAAUGGCUCGGCAGUCAUGCCACUGCGUCACUCCGGUGUUUCAUCAUAUGUUCGAUCGGCGUGUUAAAAGUGAUGGAUGAUUGUUGUUGCUGUUAUUGUACAGUAUACACAUUUAAUGUUGGGCUGUGCGAAUGUGAUGAUAUAACACUAGCGGGGAAGAAAAGGAAAGUGUACGGAAACAAAGGAAAACAAACAGUAUGGGGAACAUUGUGUAGUUGUUUGUUGUCGUGUACAGUAAGAUACCUCAGAUAGGUAUCCGAUUCGAAUUGUUGUACAGUAUAAAACGACCCCACAAAUAGGCACCUUUCUACACGACGGACUGGCUUGUCAUUUGUGACCUUACCUAGGUAUUAC